AAUCUGCCGAUACUCGAUAUCAAGACAGCACUCUCCCCGGCUACAGUCAGUGAUAUAGCAUGCGGUCUGAAUACUUGAUCAACCAUUGUCCAUGUCCUCCGCAGCCAAAGAACCAUGUCAAAUCUUUCUCUUGACGCGACCUGACUGAUCCUUCACCGCUCCAAGACUCCAACUCCGUUACUCGAGAACCUUGGCAGUGCAAGAAACCAUUUAAUUUGGGCAGAAUUGAGUGAGCGCGGGAGUCGGCGGCUUGGGUACCCGACCGAGAUGGCGCCCCCUAAGAAUGAACGCAUCUUCGAGCCCAAUGCCUCCAUUGUCCUCGUCGGCUGCCGCGGUGCCGGCAAGCGCACCCUGGGCUUCAUGGGCGCCCUCCAUCUCCGCCGCCGUCUCGUCACCGAGGACCACUACUUCGAAAAGAUCACAGGGCUCUCCCGGGGCCAGUAUCUUUCCAGGCACGGCAGGGAGCACUUUGCGCGCCAGAACAUGCACGUCUUCAAGUCCAUGCUAGACGCGAACCGGACCGGGUGCAUCAUCGAGUGCGGAAUGAGCAGCCUCAGCGACGAGGCCCAAGAUGCCCUGCGACAGUACUCCAGGACACACCCCGUGGUGUACAUCCACCGCGAAAAGGAGCAGAUAUCACGUCUCAUGGAUGCCGCUGACGCCCAGCAGUUGUUGAAAGCGGAUGGCAAGCACCGGGACUGCUCCAAUUUUGAGUACUACAAUCUUUACGACGCCGCUUCAACGCCCUCUUCAACCUCAGGGACAACCUCGGGAAGAAGCACACCAACUAACGGCCGGCAGCAGCAUGGGCCAUCGAAACUAUUGGGUGCCCGAGAGGACUUUGCCAGAUUUCUCGACAUCAUCACGGGGCGCGGCGCAACAAAGGCCUGGUUGGAAAGCCCCUUCUCCGUCGCAGCCAUUCCGCCCGAGUUCCGCUCUUACUCAUAUGCCCUGCGGUUGCGUCUCUCGUAUCUGAUGGACAUGGACCUGGAAUGGGAGGACUUUGAGGCAAGGGGUGAUUGCGUCGAGCUGAUAAUCGACCACUGGCCCGAAAAUCUCCUGAAUAUUAUCGCAAGGCAAGUCGCCUUGAUCAGGAGGAAACUGGGCGUACCAAUCAUCUACCACGUUGAGGAGUAUCCCCGCGGAGAACGGCGGAGGCCGCCAGAUGAGAAAGAUGCCAUGGACGCCGAGCUGCUCGAGCUGGGCAUGCGGCUCGGCGUCGACUACAUCAGCGUGGACCUGCAGCGUAGUGAAGCCUUGGUUCACCGCGUGCUACAACACCGGGGCAGGUCAAAGGUCAUCGGCAACUACUGGUACAUGGGCCUCGGCGCGCUUCCAUGGCAGGACGAGCGACAGAUCGAGAACUACAAGGCGGCACAAGCCCUCGGCUGCGACAUCAUCCGCAUGGUGCGCUUCUGCGCAAACGACAGCCCUAUCGAGUAUCUCGAAGACUUUAAAGCACGCGUCCAAAAAACCAUUCCCGACCCCAAACCACCACUCGUCGCCUACGACUUCUCCGUCCUGGGCGUACGCACCCCGCUGCAGACGCGCAUCCUCGGUCCCGUCAAACACCCAGACACGGAAAACGAGCGCGAUCAUCUGGCUACCGUUACGGACCACGCCCACGCCUUUGAGCUUCUCUUCCGCCAGUUCCUCCUCGACCCCCUCAACUUCUACGUCCUCGGCUCGCACGUCUCCUACUCCCUCUCCCCGGCCAUGCACAGCGCCGCCUACGAUUUCACAAGAAUGCCACACACCUUUCAGGCCGUCCCUUGCUCGACGCUUGACUCGCUCGACCAGAUCUGCUCCUCGGACGCCUUUGGCGGCGCCUGCCUGACGGCGCCCUUCAAGAUCGCCAUCAUGCCCCACCUCAAACUCAAGUCGCACCACGCCACGGCCAUCGGCGCCGUCAACGUCCUGCUGCCCCUGCGCGGCCGCACGAGCGGCACCGUCCUGGACCACGCCAACUCGCGCAACAGGGCCGGGCCAGCGAGCGAGUUCUUUGGCGACAAUACUGACUGGAGCUCGAUCCUGACUUGUCUCCGACGUGCCAUCAGCCCGAGAAACUAUGUGCAGCCGUCGCGGACCACGGGCCUGGUGAUUGGCGCCGGCGGGAUGGCCAGGGCCGCCGUCUACGCACUGUAUCAGCUCGGGUGCAGGAAUGUUUUUGUGUAUAACCGGACCGUGGCCAGGGCGAGGGAGGUGGCGGGGCACUUUAAUCGGUGGGCUGCUGCUGCUGCUGGCCAGCCCGCGGCAGCAACGGGGACGGUGAAGGGGGGCGGGCGCAGCCCGAAUGGGCCAUCAUCCGGGGCGAGAGAGGUGGUGAGGGUGAUUCCCUCGCUGUCGGACUCCUGGCCUGCAGGCUAUCAGCUGCCAACCAUGGUGAUUUCGUGCGUGCCGGCGACGAGCGUGGAUGGAAAUCCGCCGGCGGAUUUUGUGAUGCCCCUGGAUUGGCUGCGGAGUCCGACUGGCGGUGUGGUUGUUGAGCUGGCCUAUGAACCUCUCGUGACGCCGCUCGUCGCGCAGAUGCGCGCGAUACGCGACAACCUGUGCCCGUCGUGGGUGGUGGUCGACGGCCUCGAGGUUGUCGCCGAGAUGGCGAUUGAGGCGUUUGAGUUGAUGACGGGGCGCCUGGCGCCGAAGCGGCUGAUGAAGGAAGUAUGCCGCAAGACGUGGGAGGCGCAGCAGCAGCGGAGGGCAAUCACUUAAGAGUGGUUUGGUGCUGGUUUCUCCUCCGGCGGAUCCGGGUGUUACUGGAACGGGAGUAGGUUGUGAUGUGUUUAGGAAUGAAUACCCGUAUGGUUAGCUGUUAGUUUGGGCUGAUUUCAGUUUGGAUGGGUUGUGCUGGCCUAUACAGCAUUGAUGGAUUGUGGUCAAAUCAUUGAGUGAUCGUCAUACGCAGACGUUAGUGGAGUCAUCCCAUGAUGCUUGCAAUGCGACGACCAACCAUGCUUGCAAUGCG